UUUUGAGGUGAGCCAUGCCACGCCCCUCCCGCUGCUUGGAUAGCAGAAGAUGCUGUGAGCAUGUCGGCUGUUCUGCUGUACAGUAGAUGAGCACUUUUGGAUCCCAGCAGCAGCACAUGAGCUACGUGCUGUUCCCUGCAUGGCCAAGGAUGCCUCAGAGUAUGUCACUUCCCUCAGUAAAUUGGUUUCCUCUUCUUUGUUCUUCCAGCAUUUUAGCCACACAACUGAAUUCCUGUCCUACCUGAUACUGUGUGUUGCCAAAAUGCCGUUCAUACCACCUGUGACGAUUGCACGCUCUGUGUCUGGACUGACAGGGAAGGAGAGAGCUGUCAGCAGCUCUUCAUCUACUCCUACUUUGGACAAGACGAGGGACCGAAGAGAAGACAGAGGCAGCUCAGUGAAGGAGAGACUGACUUUGAACCUUAAACAGCUGGGGAAAAAGAGCCAAGCCAGGAGUCACCUGACAACGGGAGCAGAGGUGCAGGCAAAGAGAAAGGACAGAUUGUUGCCCUCAUCACAAACUGACAGCUUCCCUGCAUCCAUCUCAGGGGAGUCUCUGUCCAAGACACAGCAGUCGAAACAAGGGAGCCAGAGUUUUGUGAAGAGUGAAUCAGAGGUGAAGAGAAGGAGCAGACAUGAGGAGGCGGCCCAUUUCACCCUGACACUCACACCUGAGGCUGUUCUGCUGCUGCAGCGCAGGAACAGUGAGAGACGUCAGCGUUCAGCAGCCAGAAAUGCUGAAAGUGCUGCGACUGCUGCUCCUGGAAAUGCCACAGAUUCCAGACGCAGAAGGGAAAACGUUUGUAAAAGGCAUCAAACGGCAGCGCAGAAACAAAGCACGCCCAACAGCAGAGCAGCUGUGAGAAACACCAGUGUGGCUGAACUGGGAGACAUAAGCUCAUUUCUGAAAAUCUCACUCCUGAACGAGCAACACAAGUAUGAUGAUGUGGAGUAUGAGGAAGAAGGGGACUGUGGUGUGGAUGAGCGCGUGGUUUUGAAAUGUACCGAGUGGCUCCGUGGGCUGGAGAACACGCCAGUGACAGGGGGGAAGAGCUUGAUUAAGAGUGCACAUGGUGUGAAUAGUUUCUGAGGGUAAAAUGAGAUGUAUGGAGGCCCAACGUUGGGGAAUUAACUACAUUUUCUAUUUUUGUGUGGGCUACUUUGUGUUCGAUGUUCUUUACUGAUUAUCAUUCCUUAGCUGAUCACCUGAAUACUAUAAUCUUUAUUACAUUAGAUUUGGACUCAAUCACUGCAGGUUGUCGGGUUAUUUGCUGGAUUGCAGCUGUUCCACCUCUAGAGUCAUAAUGAGAACAAUGCACUGCGGGUUCAAGUAACCAGUAAUGUUGUCUUCAAUGUGAUUUUAAGAAAACAAAAUUAAUCCUACACUGAUCUACACGAGCUCUCAACAAGGUAAAUGAUGCACUACUGUGUUAGUGUUUCAAAAAUACUGGCAUGCAAUACAGUUUUUUUCAUGUUUAUCCAAGGCUGACUCUUUAUUUUUAUUUUUAUGAGACUCACUGUGAUGCAUUUGGAAAGAAAACUGAGCGUGUUACUCUAUUGGUGCAGCUUCAGACACAGAACACCAGACUGGAGCUCACAGAUCUUUCUGUUUUUUUGUUGUUUCUUGUCUCUUCCUGGACAAUAUACAUACUAUUUAAAAAAAUAAAAUAAAAAAAUAAAAUCAA